AUGAAAAUACUGAAGACAGUAGGUAAUCGCAGAAAUGGGAAUUUUAGUAAUAAUGGAAUUAAUUCAAAAUGGGUACCCACCAGAGGGGUCAAAGUGAAGAAAGUUCCAUUGGGAAUGGAGAGGGGGAAACUUAAUAAGAGUGGCGGGAAGGGGAAUAAUUGGGCAUGGACCAUUGAAUGGUUGCUAAUCGAUGAAAAUAAAAAGGUUAUAGAUCGGUACGUCAAAUAUAAGUCAGGCGAAUCUAGCAUUCUGAGAACGAUAGUACCUAGGGCAUGGAUAUGCGGAGGAGAUGAAUACACAAUUUUGUUUAAAGAUUUGGAAAGUGGGGUGUUUGAAGUGGUUGAUAAGGAUGCCAAGUUAAGCGAAGUUUUACUCAAUAAGUUGGUUAUUGAAUUUCCCACGAUGUAUAUGUUCAAGGGAGACAGUAGUAUCAUAACUAGAGAGAAGGUAUUGGAUGAUGAUCUUUCUUCAGGGUCAUCGGAUUCCGAUGCAAGUUCUGACUCAAGUUCUGACUCAAGUUCUGACUCAAGUUCUGACUCAAGUUCUGACUCAAGUUCCGACUCAGAUACACCACCUGAAGAAUCUAGUUCUAAACCUUUAGAAACAUAA